AAAGCAAGUCUGUCAAGCAUGAAAAUGUUAAAGAGACGAUAUGACCGAAAAUAAGCAACAUCCUGGCGACCCCCGAAGUAAUGUUGCAAAAUUUGGUGCAUUCGAUCCCGAUAAAUAUGUUAUUGACAGCGCCUCCUUUACUGUUCGCACAAAUGAGGCUUUAACACCUGGAUGCCCACCUUAUCUUACACAGCAAACGAUUGGGAAAUUCCUACAACCCCUGACUAGAGAACUAGUCGAAGUUUCACCUAAACCAACUAUCGAUGAACUCCCAGAUGCCGUAAUUGACAAUAUGGUGCGAAAAGACAAAGCCUUCUGGGUUGACAGGCCGGGCACUAACGCAUACACGCUUCAUGAUGCCUAUUACAGUUAUGACAUGAGAGCGGAGAUCGUUAAACCACCACACCAGGAUGUGUUCCCCCGUUCUUACCAGUAUGAACUUGACUGUGUAAAGUAUCGUAGACUCCAUACUUGUGAUGGCCUUAAACAAACAGAAGGUGAAAAACAAAAAUUACUGAGUGCCCAUUGCCGAGACUGUCAUAGCUUAAAUGUUGCUAGCUUGUCUCCGUUGCAACUAGCUUGGAUUCAAGAUCCCGGCCAAAAAAGAUGGAGAUAUUAUCCCGAUCUGACAACCAAGCUUACAACAGAAGAAAUUCGACUAUCAAUGAACGAAGUAGGACGUCCAUUUCAAAGAGAAGCGUGCCAAUGGUAUAAUGAAAAUUAUCCGUCUACAAACUAUAAUUGCAUUCUACGGAAAUUUUCCAAAUAA